AUUCUUUUUUAUCAAUCGCAUUUUCAGCCCUUCGAGCUUUUUGACCAUGCGAGCCACCGUAUCAGUUGACAGUCAUGACAGUCACCUGACUAAAACAAAGUCAUGUUGCAAUAUGCUAGCCGUAAAUACUUAGGCAGGUUGGUACAAUCACAAUUAAUGAAUUAGAAACGUUCAAAGGGGUUAUUUAGACUGCCAAAGGAGAUGCAUAUUAUCCCAUCUGGGGAUUAUUUUUGGCUAACGCAGCUAACUUGCUAAAUUAAUGCAAUUGUGUUUUCUCUUCUUGAUUGGGACAUUUUGGAGCAAAUAAGGCUAAAAAAUGCCUCAGUCAGCGGCUAUCAUCAGUGGGAUUCAGAGGAUGGUUCUGUAUGAAACCAGAGCCAGGUAUUUUUUGGUGGGGACCAAUCAGGCGCAGACCAAACACAGAGUCCUUAAGAUUGACCGCACAGAACCCAAGGACCUGGUCAUAAUUGACGAUAAGCAUGUGUACAGUCAGCAAGAGGUUCGGGAGUUGCUGGGCCGCCUGGAUUUGGGCAACCGUACCAAGAUUGGCCAAAAGGGUUCCUCUGGCCUCUCGAGGGCUGUCUCAGCCUUUGGCAUUGUGGGGUUUGUACGCUUUCUCGAGGGGUACUACAUUGUGUUGAUCACCAAGCGUAGAAAGAUGGCCGACAUCGGUGGCCACUCAAUCUACAAAAUUGAAGACACCAGCAUGAUCUACAUCCCCAAUGACUCUGUCAGGGUCACACACCCUGAUGAAGCAAGAUACGUGCGGAUUUUUCAGAACGUGGACCUUUCCAGCAACUUCUACUUCAGCUACAGCUACGACCUCAGCCAUUCGCUGCAGUACAACCUGACUCUGCUGCAGAGGCCGUAUGAACUGUGGUCGUCACCAACCUCCUCCGCUGAGGAAGAGGUCCACACACAGAGCAAGCAGGACAGCUUCGACAUCUUUGAAGAUGAGGGUCUGCCAACGCAAGUGGUUAACGGCCUCCAGAAUGAGCCGUACUACAAGUACGUGUGGAAUGGGAAGCUGCUGGAACGAGUCAAGGACAGUGUGCAUCAUGACUGGCUUAUGUAUAUAAUCCACGGCUUCUGUGGCCAGUCCAAGCUUCUGAUCUACGGCCGACCGGUUCACAUCACCCUCAUUGCCAGGCGCUCCAGUAAAUUUGCCGGGACCCGCUUCCUCAAAAGAGGAGCCAACUGCGAGGGCGAUGUGGCUAAUGAGGUUGAGACAGAGCAGAUCGUCCAUGAUGCCUCAGUUAUGUCUUACACAGCAGGAAGUUACUCCUCGUACGUCCAGGUGCGAGGUUCAGUCCCGCUCUACUGGUCACAGGACAUUUCCACCAUGAUGCCAAAACCCCCGAUACGAUUGGACCAAGCUGACCCAUAUGCCCACGUAGCCGGCCUCCAUUUUGACCAGAUGCUGCAGCGGUUUGGCUCUCCCAUCAUCAUCCUCAACCUGGUGAAGAAACGGGAAAAAAGAAAACAUGAGAAGAUUCUGAGUGAAGAGCUCUAUCCAGCUGUGAUCAACCUAAAUCAGUUCCUCCCUCCAGACAACUGGAUUGACUACAUCGCCUGGGACAUGGCCCGCUACACCAAGAGUAAGUUGUGCAACGUUCUGGACCGCCUCAGUAUGAUAGCAGAGAACGUGGUUAAGCGAACAGGUUUCUUCAUUAACCGAUCCGACUUCUACUGUCAUACCAUCAGACCAGAUGAAAGGUGGGGUGAUUUAGGUGGACACGUCACAGCCAGUGGACGGGUGCAGACUGGUGUGUUGAGGACCAACUGUGUGGACUGUCUGGAUCGGACCAACACUGCCCAGUUCAUGGUGGGGAAGUGUGCACUGGCCUAUCAGCUUUAUGCACUGGGAAUGAUUGACAAGCCCAAACUCCAGUUUGAUACCGACUGUGUGAGGUUGUUUGAGGAGCUGUAUGAGGACCAUGGAGACACUUUAUCGCUGCAGUACGGCGGCUCCCAGCUGGUCCACAGGGUCAAGACCUACCGCAAGAUAGCUCCAUGGACACAACACUCCAAAGACAUCAUGCAGACACUGUCGCGCUACUACAGCAAUGCUUUCUCAGAUGCUGACAGACAGGAUGCCAUCAACCUGUUUCUCCAAGUCUACCAGCCAUCAGAGUCCAAGCCACACCUGUGGGAGCUGCCCACUGACUUCUACCUACACCAGAGGAACACCAUGGCCCUCCCACAAGACAGACGCAGCUACACUCUGUGGUGGUCACCGGGAAUCUUGUCCUACCUUCCUGUGGCCUAUGAUGAAGUCUCAUGUGAUGACACCAUGAAGAAGGUCAAAGUGAAGAGAGUGAACCGCUUUGACGAAUCCACUGACAUCUACACAGAAUUCUUCAGACCUUAUGAACUUACUUCCUUUGAUGACACAUUCUGCAUCGCCAUGACCAACUCUGCAAGGGAAUUUAUGCCCAAGACAGUCGGAGUGGAUCCAAGCCCGUUCACAGUUCGCAAGCCAGAGGAAACAGGAAAAUCAGUGCUGGGCAACAAAAGCACUAAAGAGGAGACGCUGCUCCAGAGGAAGACUGCUGCCAGCGCCCCCCCUCCCCCGAGUGAGGAGGCCAUCAGCAGCACAUCAGAGGACGACUCCGAGGACGACCGCGAUGACGAAGGAUCCGUGUCCCAGCGCUCUACCCCGAUCAAACUGCUAACAGAGUCUGGCGAGAGCACUCGAACACAGGAGGAGAUCCAGCAGCAGUCGGCUAAGGAACCCUACGGACUCAAUCUUGCAGAAUUUCCUGUUGAGAAAGACCUGCAUAUUUAUGAAAGGUUUGCACGUCUGGGCGAGAGCCAGCACAGGGUGGAGAGAACCGAACGCAUAAACCUGGCAAAUAUCAUCUGCUUAGAGCCAGUUUCCUGCUUCCCGGAGGACAGCAUCUACGCCGCGUCUCCCCCGCAGGUCGACAGAGACAGCCGAGAUGAGUUUGAGAGCCAUGUGCUGACGGGUCAGGGCCAGGUGAGGGUGCUGUGCAGGGAGGACAUGCUAAUGUACAGGGAGUACGUCAAGAACAGGUACAUGUAAGACGCAGACAACAUGGACUGGAGGUCUCUCAUCAGAUCUGGUUCGGCACAGAAUUCUAUCUUGAUGAUGUGUGUAGCUACAGGACUCAGAACAAGACUUUUUCCUGCAUCUGUCAUUUUAUUUUGCUUCAACCUUAUGGAUUUUUUUUAAAGCUGGAAGUCGACUAUAGUGAAGAUAGUGGCGCCAGUGCAACCCACGUGCCCUGCUUUUGGACCAAACUGCAUUUUUUUUGUGUUUUAUUUCAUUUUAAUCAAAGUAAUUUGUGUGUUUUAAUAACUUAAAAUAUCAUCCAGUUAUGUCAGUUUUUUAUUCAUUCUGACGUGCCAUCCAGGUUGCCUACAUGGUAUUUUUUAUUUGUUCUUUGUGUUAUUUUCCAUCAAUUAAAUGUUAAUUGCUACUCUUUUAAGAAGUUUUAUUUAACACUGAACAUGUAAUAAAUUGUUUUGACUCUAUAAUAUGACGACAGGCCCAAAGAUUAUGAUGAUUGAAUGUUUCAUUUCCACUUCAGUUUAGUUCUUUCAGUUUAGAUAUUUGUUUUUAAUGCAUUUGUGCCAUUGCGGCAUUUAUUUUUUUGGUUUUGUUUUUUUAUUGCCCUCAAAAAUAGUAUUUGGAACAUCUUUUAUAAUGUAAGUCAUACAUGUACUGUGAAAUAUAUCCAGGUUAUUUGUCUUUUUUGAAUCUUUUUUUUGUCAGCAGAAACAGAUAUUGUGGGUAUUAUAAAACCUUAUUUUUAGUUUACAAAUAUGCUGAUACAUGUGAUUUCUGAAAUGCAUUUCUUAUAUGUCAGCUGAUUAUAAUGUACACUUUCUAAAUUAAACAUGUAUUUAUUAACAUGAUGUGGCAGAUAUGAUUGCUGUUUCCAAAAGGCACUUUCCUACACUGUAAUUUUCUAGCUCUUUACUUUUAUGUCUGUGCUCUAUUGUUCUUCAAAAACAUUGAUUAUUAUUCCUUUCAUGCAGCUUCUGUAAUUGUUCUUCAUCCCUCCCACUCACCCUGACUGCCUUUCUCGCAUUUCUUUUUCACUCAUUUUUCACCCUUUUUCAGUUUUGUUCUGUCAGUCACACUUUCACUCUGCUCUCGUACACUCUUUCAGCACUCAGCUUUCGGCCGCAGGUGUCAGAAAAUGUGAAAUGUGAUGAACAUUUCCUGUGAUGCACAUUCAGUCGGCAUACUGGCUGACCACUGCUCUCUGCAGCAGUGCCGCGUGAGCCUGAGGAAAGGGGAGGGUGUGUUUGUGUGUGUGAGAGAGAGAGAGAGAGAGAGAGAGAGAAGGGCAGAAGAAUUUAAAAAAAAAGUCUUUCUCUGCAUAUAAAAACAAAUUAACUCAAGAGAGGAUGGAAGAGAUGGAAUACAAUUCAUAUUUUUUUAACCCUGCAGCACUAUUCUUAUAAUUGGAGUGCUGUAAAAUGUCACAAAUGCAUUAUAGAUCUCUAAAAAUACCACCCAGGAUACAAACAUUCAACCUGUUGUUGUUGGUUUGUCCCACUCUCGUGAACGUGAUCUCGCAGAAACGCCUGAAGGGAGAAUCUUCAAAUUUGAUGCAAACGUCCACUUCGACUCAAAGACAAACUGAUUCAAUUUUGGUGGUCAAAGGUCAAGGCCACUAUGACCUCACAAAAAAUGUUCUUGGCUAUCACUCAAGAAUGCACACAAAUGUCUAAUACGAAGGACCCAGG